GGCGCGGACCCGACAGCGGGCGGGCCCGGGUGCUGGGAGCCCGGCGGACCUGGAACGCAGCCGCCGCGCUGGGACAACCGAGAUUGGGUUCGCGGAAUGAGCCUCCCCCGGAAAAAGGGCUUCUACAAGCAGGACGUCAACAGGACCGCCUGGGAGCUGCCCAAGACCUACGUGUCCCCCACGCACGUCGGCAGUGGGGCCUAUGGCACCGUAUGCUCCGCCAUCGACAAGCGGUCCGGGGAGAAGGUGGCCAUCAAGAAGCUUAGCCGGCCCUUCCAGUCUGAGAUCGUUGCCAGGCGGGCCUAUCGAGAGCUGCUGCUGCUGAAACACAUGCAGCAUGAGAAUGUCAUCGGGCUCCUGGACGUCUUCACCCCAGCUUCCUCCCUGCGCAGCUUCCAGGACUUCUACCUGGUGAUGCCCUACAUGCAGACAGACCUACAGAAGAUCAUGGGGAUGGAGUUCAGUGAGGACAAGGUCCAGUGCCUGGUGUAUCAGAUGCUCAAGGGUCUUAAGUACAUCCACUCAGCUGGGGUCAUCCACAGGGACCUGAAGCCGGGCAACCUCGCUGUGAACGAGGACUGUGAGCUGAAGAUCUUGGAUUUUGGCCUGGCACGGCUUGCAGACACCGAGAUGACUGGCUACGUGGUGACCCGCUGGUACCGGGCCCCCGAGGUGAUCCUCAGCUGGAUGCACUACAACCAGACUGUGGACAUCUGGUCUGUGGGCUGUAUCAUGGCAGAGAUGCUGACGGGGAAAACUCUGUUCAAGGGGAAAGAUUACCUGGAUCAGCUGACCCAGAUCCUGAAAGUCACCGGGGUGCCGGGCACAGAGUUCCUGCAGAAGCUGAAUGACAAAGCGGCCAAAUCCUACAUCCAGUCCCUGCCACAGAGCCCCAAAAAGGAUUUCUCCCAGCUCUUCCCACGCGCCAGCCCCCAGGCCACUGACCUGCUGGAGAAGAUACUGGAGCUGGAUGUGGACAAGCGCCUGACAGCCUCGCAGGCCCUCGCUCACCCCUUCUUUGAACCCUUCCGGGACCCUGAGGAGGAGACAGAGGCCCAGAAGUUUGAAGAUGCAUUAGAACAUGGCAAGCUCACCGUGGACGAAUGGAAGCAGCACAUCUACAAGGAGAUUGUGAACUUCAGCCCCAUUGCUCGGAAGGACUCACGACGCCGGAGUGGCAUGAAACUGCAGUGACUUGUCCAGCCAACCCCUGACUGAGCCUUGAGCCUGGGGACCACCACGUGGCACCGCCUGACCCUAGGACCAAUAUUUAUUUGUCAUUGCUGAAGUUUUCAACCCUUCUUGGAUUAUAGCCUCCUGUGCAGAGGACAGAAGGGCCCCGCUUCCUUGUGUAGGAAGCAGAAUUCAAAGAUGUUGGCUGGGAGAAAACAGCUCUGAUUGUAACCGGCCACAUUAAACACCUACCUGGAGAAUC